CCUUAGAAAGGUAGGGCAGAAGCUGGGUUUCAUCAUGGCGUCGUCGACGAUAUUUUCCAGAUUUCAAGGGCUCAUGAAGGUUGGAUCUAGGACUAUCUACACAGCUACGAGGCCAAAUCUCAUGCUGACAAAGCAGUCAAAAGUCAUCUGUCAAGGUUUCACUGGAAAACAGGGGACGUUCCACAGUCAGCAGGCUAUAGAGUAUGGGACCAAAAUGGUUGGUGGUGUGUCCCCGGGGAAGGGCGGACAGCAUCAUCUAGGACUACCGGUCUUCAACUCUGUCAUGGAGGCGAAGGAGGCACUUAACCCUGAUGCAUCUGUGAUCUAUGUACCGCCACAGUUUGCUGCCAAAGCGAUUGAAGACGCCAUUGAUGCUGAAGUUCCACUUGUUGUUGUUAUCACUGAAGGAAUCCCCCAGCAGGACAUGGUUCGUGUGAAGCACAAGUUGAUCAGACAGAAUAAGACCCGCAUGCUGGGGCCCAACUGUCCCGGUAUCAUCAAGCCUGGAGAGUGUAAGAUCGGUAUCAUGCCGGGCCACAUCCAUCAGAAAGGAAAAAUAGGUAUUGUAUCAAGGUCAGGCACCCUGACCUACGAGGCUGUACACCAGACCACAUUAGCUGGCCUUGGCCAGACACUGUGUGUGGGUAUUGGGGGUGAUCCUUUCAAUGGAACCAACUUUAUUGACUGUCUGGAGGUCUUCUUGCAGCACCCAGAGACAGAAGGUAUUGUGUUGAUUGGAGAGAUUGGAGGACAGGCUGAAGAGAAGGCAGCAGAGUACCUUCGAAACAACAAUAGGGGUCCCAAUGCAAAGCCAGUAGUUUCGUUCAUCGCUGGUCUGACAGCUCCCCCGGGCCGGCGUAUGGGGCACGCUGGGGCAAUUAUCGCAGGCGGAAAGGGUGGUGCAGAAGAGAAGAUAGAGGCUCUACGGGCUGCUGACGUCCUCGUCACCAUGUCCCCUGCACAGCUGGGUAGCUCCAUGAAAGAGGCAAUGGCCCGGAGGAGAUGAACAGUCAGCUGCGAUAGUUUUAUUUAAUUGUAAUGGACUGUUAUGAAAUAUACAGUAUCGCAAUUUGAAAGUAUUUGAACCUUAAUAAAUGUCUUGUCCAUGUUUGUCUUAAGUUAUAUACAUACAACCAGAACGUUACACAUACCUGCUAAUAUUAGAAUAGCUUUAAGUCAGAUGUAUUGAAGUCCAUGUAUGUGAAUGAGUUAUCAUUGGAGAUGAUUAAUUUUUUACUAAAAAAUUGUAAAUGUGUAAGAUACACACACAAAUAUGGGAAUUUUGGAUGCUUGGUGUCCCAAUAUAACUUUGGUAUCAAUUUAAAAGGCUUUUCAUUCAGGGAAAGAAAAUUUAAAAAGUCUACCUAAAAUGUAUCAAACUUUUUUGAACUUUUAAUUUUAUGUCAGAUUUCAGUUUUAAUAUAAACAAAGAACAACUAUACAAGCUGAAAUAGUUUCAUGUGUAUUGUAUGUUUUUGCCAUUUAUUUCACUUAUAAAUUAUCAGUAAACACUAAACAAUCAUCUUUAAAUUGGUACCAAAAUUGAAUGUGAUGACGGAUCACAAGGCAUCUGAAUUGAACAUUAUUAGAGAACUAGCCUAAUUGAUUCCAUUAUAUUUAUCAAAGUCAGGCAUUGCACUUUCCACCACAUGCAUUUAAUGUCAGAAAGUGUUAAUAAGAAAACUAAUCUCUGCAUGGGAAGCUGAAGGAUGCUUAAAUGUUCUGUUUUCUACACAAACCUACUAUUUAUAUAUAUAUAGUGUUUAGAUGUCUGAUUAUAGAGCUAGUGUUUGUUUAUGAAAAUAAAUGUGAUACAGUU